AUCGGAGGGCGGUGCUAGUAUUUGAGGCUCGACUCCGGGGGAAGCUUGUACGUUUCUGUUUGCUUGUUGUAUCUGUGACUGAGAUGACUGUCUGUUAAUGAUUUUGUCGCUUUUUGAACUCGGAAACUGGUUGGUUGGUUUCAAGGUUGAUUACUACCGAGCCGAUUUGUUUUAUGUUGGCUUUUGUGGUUGGUAAUGGUACGUUUUUUCGUGAUCGUAUGAUUGCACAUCGGUCGAACUGCACUGGUCGAAAUGUUGACCGAAUCGUGCGUCCACCAUGUCUUCUGCCAUGCUUUUAGUUUGUCUAGAUUGUAACGGAUACAUGGUAUUAUCAUUAUCAUAGGGCAGUUCUCUGUCAGAACAUGGGUCCAAUGCAGUAAUACUCGCUUUCGACUAAUAGUAAUAUAAAAGUAAUAUCUUAAUUUGAUAUGAUCGAAAUCCCGAAAUCAUUCACCAUUUAAGGUAUUAUUAACGGAAUUAUCUUCGACUGUCCCCAAAAACAGCAACAUGUUCUGUAGCACCAAAAUAAUCUCCAUUUAUAUUUGGUAUCUGUGUAGGUAACUAAGCCAGUGUUUAAUUUGUUGCAUCAUUUAAAAGCAACACAAAGUUAUCAUCAAUAACGAUUACUAAUGGUCCUACGAAUAUAAUCAUUAAUGAUAAUUACUUCGAAAGCCACUAAUUACGCUGAAUUUGGCACUGAUCCUUAUCAGUGAUUCUAAUUCUACGAGAUAAGACUAUCUGACGCAUAAUGGAUGCACUGCAACUGCCCUUUUACCGUCCAUUAAAUCAGUAUUUCUUUGUUCAUGGACGAGAGCUUGUUGUUACGGCUCACGUUUUGAUAUGGCUAACGAUUCGGACGAACAAAUUAAAGGCCGUGUUCAUGUUAACAGGAACCAAUUAUUCAGUUACAACCCUUUGUGGCUUUGUAUCAAUGAACUAUAAGCUUAUCAGUACAAUUUCUUUACAUGAUGUCAGCAUCAAUGUUAUGAUAUCCGAAACCUGCUUAAUAUAUAACCUCGUAUUAUAAGUUUUCCAUUUUUGUUUCGUUCCGUGGUGCUACUCAUCGGCAACAAUGUUCAGUUCAGUAACAACUAAGUCCGAUAGUAUUAUUCCUGCCUUUAUAGAUAUUUACCUGCUUAACAUUGUGAAAAUCGAAAUAAAAUAGUAUUUCUGUAUAGUUCACAGUUCACACAUUUUAUGAUCAAGACCCCGUUAUUCCAAGAUCUGUUCACCGGAUUAACGAUCACUAAUUUUAGAGACAAAAAGCUCUGAAAUUGGUUGAUUAAAUGGAUAAGUCAUAAGAUGAAAAGCAGUCCUGUACUCAGUACUGUUCCAAAUCAUAUGUUAAAUGCUCGAGUUAAAUCAUAAAUGCUCAAGUUAUAUUUUAAUGCUCAAAAACGAUUUUCAAGAAAUCGUAAUUCUCAGUUUGCUGUGGUUAAUUAUCAUUAGGUCGGAUAAAUUUCUAAAACAGGCUUAUACUAUACGUUUUCCAAAAGUCUCAACCUUGUGCAAGGAUAGUCAACUACAAUGUGUAAUACUAUUUGUAUACACAUAACUCGCCAUCUAUUUCUGCCGCAUUUUUGACACAGUAAUACUAUCGCCAUAACGGCUUAAAAGUGACAACAUCUUUUCGUUUACCUGUUAUAAGUUCAUUAUCGAGUUUAGUUGUUUCGUCGGCAAUUUGACAUUAACGUUGAAGCAGACAUUAACGUUGAAUUGACUGCAGACUGCAUAAUUCUCAGUCAGCUGACAUAGUGAUUAUCUUAUCAACACCUUGACGCCUAUGUACUUUAGUCCAUAGAACAACUUGAUAGUUUCACAAAAUAACUCUUAUCCUUGUAUUGAAUUUUAUUGCGGUUGUUAAGAUUGAUCAAAAGAUGGCAAUUCGUUGGAGGAUACACAAAAACACAACUUGUGAUCGCCGUUUUUGCACAACUGAUAAUGGUAUCAACAGUUAAGGGGAUCAGUAGAAAUGACUGGAAAGUGUGACGAGAGUGCAACCCCUGCUGCUGGUGGGAGUCUGGAGCAAGGACCCUGCUCAUUACAAAAUACUCCAAUGAAGUUCCCCGGGACCUUCCAUCCCUCCCCUUUUCUAACCCGGAGUCGAGGUACAGCGAAUCGAACAAUCUCAAAACGUAGGAGGCACGAGAAAUCUACUGAUAGAUACAUUCCCAACCGGUCUUCGACAGACCUCGACAUGAUUCACCAUCUGAUGAUGUCUAAGAAAAGCAAACCCUCCCUACCUGCCAAGACCCCCUGCAAGAAGUCUGACAAACUGGUUGGACGCUGUCUCUUCUCUGCUGAAAACGCUAAAAGAGCAUGCACCCGACUCCUAUCCUUCUCUGCUAAACGGAAACUAGAUUUCAAUAUGAGUGAAUGUUUCUCGUCUCGAGGAAUGAAACCUCAGCUGAAAAUGAAAGAAGAGACUGCCCUAAAAAUCUUAAACGCCCCCGGAGCAGCCAAGAACUUUUACUACAACCUCCUAGACUGGGGAGUUAACAACAUAGUGGUUAUAGGGCUCAAGGAGGAUGUUUACUACUGGGAUGCUGCUAAAUCACAAGCGUACGUGUUACCCCAGGAGGGAGGGAGAGAAGGAGAUCUGGUUACCUGUGUCAGGUGGAAACCGGACGCUACAAAACACAUUGUCUCCAGCAGAUAUGGUACUACUAAGUUGUGGGACAGUACAGUUUGCAAGCUGGUCUCUUCCCACGUCUCCCCCACAGUCUACUCUACUAGCUGGCGAGACAACAACCUCGUCUCCCUGGGACGGGGGGACGGUACUGUGCUUCACUGGGAUAUCAGGACUCCCGAGACUCUGCACCGACCUUUCUCUGCCACUUCUGGUAUAAUAUGUGGACUGGAUUGGGACAGGGAAGGAGAAAGUCUAGCUGUGGGCUGUAACGACAAUAAGGUGCAGAUAUUCAGGAACACAAGUCUGCGAGACUCUGAGACGCUGACUAUGGUGUACCAGAGUGCCGUGAAGGCUAUAUCUUGGAACCCGCUGCAGAGAGGUGUUCUGGCUACAGGAUCUGGGCAGAACGAUCAGAGGGUGGUAGUGUGGGACCUUAUUUCGGGGAACUACAAGAACUGUAUAGACACAAAGUCCCAAGUAACCGGUCUGAUCUGGUCACCCAGCUGCAACCAGCUGGUCACAUCCCACGGUCACUUUGAUCCGAACCUUAGGUUAUGGGAGCUGAAAAACAGUGUCAACACGGCUAAACUCACUGGACACACCAACAUGAUUGUUUCUAUUGCCAAGUCACCCAUUAAUGAUCAUAUUAUUUCGCUGUCUGCUGAUGAGUCGUUGAGGGUUUGGAACAUUUUUGCUAAGAAUAAUGCUUCGAAUAAAAGUAAACUUUCUUCUUCUGUACUAUCAUUGGACAAAAUCAGAUAACUUUUUGCAUGAGUUUAGUUAGUUUAAACUUUAAAGUGUGUUGAGAUUAUUUAUGGUUGUUAAGUAGUGAGCAUAUUUGACGAUAUAUUUGUGCUUGAAUCAGUAUUAGCAAGUUAACAGACAAGUUGUACAUACUUUAUUUGUUGCUUUGUAAAGUUUAGCCCUCAGUUCAUAUUCAGAUGUGUAUUUGUGUAUUUGUGAAAUUUUACUGUAUUUGACUAAUUUUUAUCAUCGAUCUAGUUAAA